UUGGGACAACACUUGUUGUUGGGCAUAGUGCCCAUUCUUUCCGUACCCAUUUCGGGCGUCCAAAGCGGUGGUCUUCUGGCCCGAGCCCUGGCCCGAGAGGGGAAGCCCUCCCCCGCGCUGCUCCGGGCCACGGCAGGCCAGGGCUUCCUGCCGGACGCGCGGCGGGAGGAGGGCGACUCCCCCGCCACGCUCUCUCGCCAGCCAUGGCCGCGGAGGGCUCGCCUCCGAGACCAUGACGGAGGAGGAGCGGGAGGCCCCUGAGAAGCAGGGAGACGUCGAGGAGGCGGGCGAGGACUUGCGCGAGGACGAGGAGGACGAGGAGGAAGAGGAGGACGAGGAGGAAGAGGAGGCGCCCGCGGCCGCCGACAGGGAGAGGAUCGAUGCGGAGGUGGCCAGACUCCGAUCGCACUGGACGGUCGGGGUCUGCAGAGGCGCUCUCGUGGAGUGGAGCUGCUUCCGGGUGGAGGAGGAAGCGCGCGGCGCGUUCGCCGCCGGAGCCCCGCUCUCCAGAGUGCUUUUUGCCCCGGGUGCGGUGCCCGCCGAGUUCUUCAGCCUGGACUCGGUGGACAUCGCCAUGAUACUGCUGGCGUGCGACACGGGGGAGACCCCGGACCGGGGCGGGGUGGCCGAGGCGAUGCGGGUCGGCGCCGUGCCUGCCGUGCCGCCGGACCGUAGCCUUCUGCAGCAGUGGCUCGUGCAGAAGCUGAUGCGGGCCGCGUUCACGAGGAGGACGGUGAGGUUCUUCUCCACCUCCCCGCUGCGCGGCACCUCCCUCUGCUUCUUCGACGUCCGGCGCCACCCCGCCGUGGCGGGCCACGUGGCGCUGACGCUGGACGACGCGCCCUGCCGCCUCGGGCCCGGGAGCUCGCGCGUCGCGGAGGUGCGCGGGCUGCUGCAGCUGCACGGUGCGCGUGCCACCUUCAUGGUCGUUGGCAGAUUUGUGGACGGGCACGAGGACCUUUUUGUGGAGUGCAAGUUGCGAACGAGGCGUUUCCCCAUGCGACCACCGAUGUGUGUGUGCCCGCGGCGGGAGCACUGCGCUGCACCGGGGGGUAAAGGCCAAUCGCUUUGAAGACUCUGAGUGCAACAACGCCUACGCAGAGAGGGCUGCCUAGGCAGGUUCAGCGCAGUACGAACCGCAAGCUAAGGGCAAGCUACAUGUACCCAGAGGAUGUCCCACGCCGUGCUCAUCAGUGCUAUGUCAUGCG